AUGGUGAACAAGUUGUUGCAACUGGAGCUGAAUGAUGAAUUUAUAGGAAAUUACACUACAGAUGAGAAUGGCGAAGCUCAGUUUUCCAUUGACACUUCAGACAUAUUUGACCCAGAGUUCAACCUAAAAGCCACAUAUGUUCGACCUAAGAGCUGCUAUCUUCCCAGCUGGUUGACGCCUCAGUACUCGGAUGCCAGCUUCUUAGUCUCACGCUUUUACUCCCGAACCAACAGCUUCCUGAAGAUUGUUCCUGAACCAAAGCAACUUGAAUGUAAUCAGCAGAAGGUUGUGACUGUGCUUUACUCCCUAAACAGUGAAGCAUAUGAGGAUGAUUCCAAUGUAAAGUUCUUCUAUUUGAUGAUGGUAAAAGGAGCUAUCUUACUCAGUGGACAAAAGGAAAUCAGAAACAAAGCCUGGAAUGGAAACUUCUCAUUCCCAAUCAGCAUCAGUACUGAUCUGGCUCCUGCGGCUGUCCUGUUUGUCUACACCCUUCACCCCAGUGGGGAAAUUGUGGCUGACAGUGUCAGAUUCCAGAUUGACAAGUGCUUUAAACACAAGGUUAACAUAAAGUUCUCUAAAGAGCAGGGCCUACCUGGCUCCAGUGCUAGCCUCUAUCUUCAAGCAGCCCCUGACUCAUUCUGUGCCCUCCGGGCUGUGGAUAGGAGCGUCCUUCUACUGAAAUCGGAACAACAGCGGUCAGCUGAAAGUGUGUAUAACAUGGUUCCAAGUAUAGAGCUGUAUGGUUAUUUCUACCGUGGCCUCAAUCUUGAUGAUAGCAAGGAAGACCCUUGCAUUCCUCAGAGAGAUAUGUUCUACAAUGGUUUAUAUUACACACCUGUAAGCAACUAUGGGGAUGGAGAUAUCUAUAAUAUUGUCAUGAACAUGGGUCUGAAAGUCUUUACCAAUCUCCAUUACCGAAAACCAGAAGUAUGUGUGAUGGAGAGAGGGCGUUCACUCUCUAAGCCGCUUUAUGUAGGAACAGAAAAUUAUGGUCUGAUGCUUAGUGCUCCAUCUAGAAUUGCAUCUGGUGAAAUCAGAGAGGAGAAUGCUGACAAUGUAGAACAGGCUAUAAUUCAAACAGUAAGAACGAACUUCCCAGAAACAUGGAUAUGGGACCUCGUCAGUGUCGAUUCCUCAGGCUCUGCCAAUCUUUCAUUCCUCAUUCCUGAUACGAUAACCCAAUGGGAGGCAAGUGGCUUUUGUGUGAAUGGCGACGUUGGAUUUGGUGUUUCCUCUACAACCACUCUAGAGGUCUCCCAACCUUUCUUUAUUGAAAUUGCUUCACCCUUUUCGGUUGUUCAAAAUGAACAAUUUGAUUUGAUUGUCAAUGUCUUCAACUACUUGGAUACAUGUGUAGAGAUUUCUGUUCAAGUGGAGGAGUCUCAGAAUUAUGAAGCAAAUAUUAACACCCUGAAAAUCAAUGGCAGUGAGAUUAUCCAAACUGGAGGGAGGAAAACAAAUGUCUGGACUAUUAUACCUAAGAAAUUGGGUAAAGUGAAUAUCACUGUAGUUGCUGAGUCCAAACAAAGCAGUGCUUGUUCAAAUGAAGGAAUGGAGCAGCAAAAGCUAAACUGGAAAGACACUGUGGUCAAAAGCUUCUUGGUAGAGCCUGAAGGUAUUGAAAAGGAAAGGACCCAGAGUUUCCUUAUCUGUACAGAAGGUGCCAAAGCCUCCAAGCAGGGAGUUUUGGACUUGCCAAACGAUGUAGUAGAAGAUUCAGCCAGAGGCUUUUUCACUGUUGUGGGAGAUAUUCUAGGACUUGCCAUGCAGAAUCUGGUUGUUCUGCAAACGCCCUAUGGAAGUGGAGAGCAGAAUGUGGCCCUGCUGGCAUCUGAUACUUACGUUCUUGACUACCUGAAAUCUACUGAGCAACUGACAGAGGAAGUUCAAUCUAAGGCUUUCUUUCUCUUGUCUAACGGUUAUCAAAGGCAGUUAUCUUUCAAGAACUCUGAUGGUUCAUAUAGUGUGUUUUGGCAGCAGAAUCAGAAAGGAAGCAUAUGGCUCAGUGCUCUUACUUUUAAGACAUUGGAGACAAUGAAAAAUUAUGUAUUCAUUGAUGAAAAUGUUCAAAAACAGACCUUAAUCUGGCUUUCAAGCCAGCAGAAAACGAACGGCUGCUUUAAGAAUGAUGGCCAGCUUUUCAACCAUGCCUGGGAGGGUGGAGAUGAAGAGGACAUUUCACUCACUGCAUAUGUUGUUGGGAUGUUCUUUGAAGCUGGGCUCAAUUUCACUUUUCCUGCUCUACGAAGCGCACUCUUUUGCCUUGAAGAGGCAUUGGACAGUGGUGUCACUAAUGGCUACAAUCAUGCAAUUCUAGCUUACACUUUUGCCUUAGCUGGAGAAGAGCAGAAAGUGGAAUCUUUACUCCAGACCCUGGAUCAAUCUGCCACAAAAAUAAAUAACAUCAUCUACUGGGAAACAGAAAGGAAACCCAAGACAGAAGAAUUUCCAUCCUUUAUUCCCUGGGCACCUUCUGCUGAGACUGAGAAGACUUGCUAUGUGCUGUUGGCUGUCAUUUCCCGGAAAAUUCCUGACCUCACCUAUGCCAACAAGAUUGUACAGUGGCUUGCCCAACAGAUGAAUUCCCAUGGAGGCUUUUCUUCUACCCAGGAAACUCCAGUUUGUCUUCUUGCCAUAACCCGUUACAUGAAGUUAACCUUCUCUAAGAAUCAAAACACCGUUACCUUUAGCCGUGAAGGAUCCAGUGAGAUUUUCCAGGUUAACAGUGAUAACCGCCUACUGGUCCAACGUUCAGAACUAACAAAGGCACCUGGAGAAUACACAGUAGAUGUGGAAGGACACGGCUGUACAUUUGUCCAGGCCACGCUUAAGUACAAUGUUCUCCUACCUAAGAAGGCAUCUGGAUUUUCUCUUUCCUUGGAAAUAGUAAAGAACUCUUCGGAUAUCUUCCAGACUAUUUUUGACCUCACAGUGACCCUCAAAUAUACUGGAAUUCACAAUAAAUCCAGUAUUGUGGUUACAGAUGUAAAAAUGCUAUCAGGAUUUACUCCAGCCAUGUCAUCCAUUGAAAAGCUUGAAAACAAGGGCCAAGUGAUGAAGACUGAAGUCAAGAAUGGCCAUGUUCUUUUCUAUUUGGAAAAUGUUUUUGGUACAGCCCACAGUUUCACUUUUUCUGUUGAGCAGAGCAACCUUGUGUUCAACAUUCAGCCAGCCCCGGUCAUGGUCUACGAUUAUUAUGAAAAAGAAGAAUAUGCCCUUGCUUUUUACAACAUCGACAGUAGUUCAGUUUCUGAGUGAGACAAAGCAAUUACUGGAAGAGGUGGAAAAGCAUUUCUUUUAACAAACUGAUUCUUCUGUAUCAAACCUGGAAAAAUUUCAUGAACCAUCUGGCAUCCUGAACAGUCCACAAUCUGCUCUGGCUUCUUAUCAGAUUUUAUUUCCUUGUCAUCUCAUUAAAUGUUGUCAUUUUGCAA